AUGCUGCAGCGGCUGCUCCUGCUGCUCCUGCUGCUCCUGCUGCUGCUGCGGCUUGACGCCCAGGGGCAGCAGCCACCGGAGCCCAGCGGAACGGCCCAGGCCGGAGGCGAGAAGCCUGUGGAUGGAGCCAACGGGAGCGGAGGGCAGCGCUCCGGAACGGGACAGACACCAGGCGAGGAGGACAAGCAGGGCACGAGCAAUGGAGAGGUGACACAGGAGGGCCACGCUGCUGGCGCUGGUAACGACCCACAGAAGCAGAAUGGUGGUGGGCAGAAAGGCCAAAGCGGCAGCACGGGUACCCAGGGCAACACACAAGGGGGUGGCGCAGGUGGCAGUGGCCAGACCCAGGGCACCGGUGGCACGGAUGAAGACAACAAGGCCAACAGCACGCAGGGUGGCAGCAGUGGUGGUACGAGCCAGAGCACCAACACCAGCAGUAACGACCAGAACGGGAGCAACAAGCAGGACAGCACAACUGAGAACCAGGGCACUGAGGACCAGAGCAACAACCCCAACAGUAACGGCAAUACCGGCGGUGCUGACAACACUGCUGGCACAGGCGAGAACCAGGGCACCGGCACUGAGAACAGGAGCAAGACCAGCGACGGUAACAGCGGGAAUCAGGUCACUGGCCAGAACACUGACACCGAGAGCCAGGGGAGCAAUGCUGAGGGUGGGAGCAAGAAUGGGGAGACCAGCAGUGAGAAACAGGGUAGCAAGGCUAUCAAGAGCCAGGCCAACAAGAACACUGAGGAUGCGAACCAGGCCAACAACCAAGAUGGUAACGGUGGGAACCAGGCCAACAGCCAAGGCACCAGCACCAAGGACAAGGAAAGUGAUGACAAGAACCAGGAAAACAGCCAGGAGAGUACCAAUGGGAACCAGGAGGGUAACGAUGGGAACCAGGAGAGUAACGAUGGGAACCAGGAGAGUACCAAUGGGAACCAGGAGAAUAACGAUGGGAACCAGGAGAGUGAUGAUGGGAACCAAGAGAGUAACGAUGGGAACCAGGAGAGUGACAUUGGGAACCAGGGCAGUGAUGGGGGCUCACCGAGGGAUAAAAACAUGCCACUGCAAUCAGCUUCCUCUGCUGGUGAGGACGACAGCUUCUUAGAGAAUGAAGAAACCCCCAGGGAGGAAGAGGAAGGGGGUAAAGGCAGCAGCGAUGCUUCCUCCUUUGCUAGGGAGAGAGGGAAGAGCCUUCCUUCUCCCAGGGACCAGUCAGAGAGCAGCCACUUCUUUGCCUACCUGGUGACCACUGCGAUUAUCGUCGCUGCCUUGUACGUGGCGUAUCACAACAAGCGCAAGAUCAUUGCUUUUGCUCUGGAAGGAAAAAGAUCCAAAAGUGGUCGACGACCCAAAUCUGGCGACUAUCAGAGACUGGAUCAGAAGGUAAAAUGUGCCCAAAAGCGGAGCUGGGCAGGUUCUGGGGCUGGUCUGGGUGGUGAACACAGCCCCUUGGCCUCUUGCCCUGGGAAUGGGCCUGAAGCCACGCGGGGUUGGGGUUGGAAAGUUGGAUUCUUAAGCAAAAGCCCUGCUUUUGGUGUAGAAACAGGGAAGCGCUGA